AUGUCAGAUAUCGACCGAUACGUUAAGGUUCUUGUUGCCAAAUAUUUAAAAGAUCAAGGUUAUCAUACAACUCUGAAUGAUUUUAUUAAGGAUGCAGAGUUAUCUGUGAACUUGGUAGAUUCUUGUAAUGAUUUAGUUAUGGGCGAGGAAUCAUUGCGUCACUUGGUUCAAGAUAGAUUUCACUAUAAUGAACAUUUAAUUUCAAAUAAAUUUAAUGAUUUAAAUUUGAAUGAUAGUAUGCCUAAACUAUCUGAUUCAUUGAAGGAAAUUUUACCUUCAUGGGAACAUGCUGAAUUGCAGUUCAAUUUUUCUCCCUUGACAAAUUGUCCUUCAAGUUUAAUCAUACACUCCAAAUAUUGUCAUAUUACCAAGCAAUUAAUGCUAUCUACUUCGGAUAAAGAAGUUAUAAUAUAUGAUGAGAACUUAACUAAAAUUGGUGAGUUGAUUAGUGAAAGACCAAGCAUAUCAAAAUUAUGUGGUUCUAUCGAUAAUGAUAGAUUAUUGUAUACUUGUUCAAUAGAUGGUACCUUCUAUCUUUAUACUAGUAAUGAUUUCAAAUCUUUAGAAUGCCAGAACAAUAAACUUCAUAUGAGAAUGAUAUCACAUUUAAAAAUAAUUAAUAAUUACAAAGACAUUGGUAAUUCAUGGUUUGUCAUAUCUUGUGGUCUAGAUAACUCCCUUAAAAUUCAUGUCUUAAGUAAAGUAAAUGAAAUAUUCCAAUUUAAACUGUUAAAUGAAUGCAAAUUAUCUUCACAAGUAACGAGUAUAAACGUAUCUCAUUUGAAAUAUGAUGAACAUACUUUAAUUCCUUUGAUAUUCAUUACAAGAUCGGAAUAUACCCAUAUUUUAUGCUAUACAUUUGAUAAUUUUAGUGUAUCGUUACUUUAUCAAAUUGCAUUAAAUGAUGCACAAUUCACCUCACAUGCAUUUAACAUUAGAGAUGUAUUGAUAUUAAAUACAAUAUCGACAGAACUAGGUGAUACGAUAUUGACAGAAAAUACUAUGAUAAGUGUCGCUACAUCUCAUACUCCAUAUAUGAGACUUUUAUUAGCCACAGUUCCACUUGAUAAAUUUGAUGAUCUCAAAGGUAUUGAUUCAGGUAAAACAUUUUACGAUAAAGUAAUUUUGAAUAUGGCCACAGAAGUUGCCCAAAAUUCAUAUUCACAACCUAUUAUGAAAUACUUACCUCAGAAGAAGGGAAUAAUAAUCGGCACAGAUAAUGGUAUUUUUGCAAUGGAUGUUAGAAAUGGUGAAUCUUGGAAUUUAAUAAAAGAUCAAGAUAAAUAUAAGGAGCAAAGGGUGAAAACUUUGGAAGUUGCACCUGAAUUGAAUUAUGUAAUAGCUGCAAUGGCAAAUAAACAAACGAACUUGUACUAUUUAGAUACUGUAUAA